AUGGUCCAAAUCAACAGUCAAGUAGAAUGCGCGCCAGUUACACCGAUAGGAGGUUGCAAACCGUGUUCAUGCCCUGGUACUGGCACUACUAGUACUGCUGUAAAACGAUUUCAAUAUUACUGCAGAUACGCUUGUCCUAUGUGUCCUGAGACAGCUUAA